AUGGCUGAUUGGAAUUAUAUUAUAAAACGAAAUAGACAAUAUAUCAAAUCUAAGGAUAAAGUAAAGUCACAAGUUGAAAAAAACAAAUUAGAACAAAUUGGAUUAACGGAAAAUCUACAAACUUUAUUUAAACCAAUAUUAAAAAGUCAAGAGGAUAUUAAAAAGAAAUUAGAAGCAACACCUAAACAACAAAUUCAAGAACUUCCUCAAAUAGAAUAUCCCAUUGAAGUUGGUGAAAUCAUAAUCAGGACAUUAGAUGAUAUAAAACAUUAUUUUUCAAAUCCAGAUCCAACUCUACCGAAAACAAUUAAACCAACCACUGAUCAAGAUGGACUGAUUCUUAACGUACGUUUGUAG